AUGAUUGCCAAACGCUGUCUCUCUACUUUGAUUCCUCCAAAGAUCGUAUCCGCUAAGAACUUGGGCUCUGCUCCUAACGCGCAGCGUAUUUCCCAGGUGGUGCAAUUCUACAAGUCGCUGCCUCAGGGUGCCGCUCCUGCGUACAAGCCAUCAGGUCCAAUCGGCAAGUACAAGGCGAAAUAUUUCGACGGAGACAACGCUAGUGGCAAGCCUCUACUGCACCUUGCUCUGUUUGUUCUCGGUAUGGGGUACUCCAUGGAGUACUACUUCCACCUCAGACACCACAAGGGCGGCGCUGAACACUAA